AUGCCGAAGUAUGCAAAAUUUCUGAAGAAGAUAAUGAGCAACAAGAGAAGACUGGAGGAUUUGGGAUUGGUGACCCUGAAUGAGGAGUGCUCCACCAUUCUGCAGAACAAGCUGCCUGUUAAGAGGCGUGAUCCAAGGAGUUUCAUUAUACCCUGUGUCAUUGGUGAAUUACCUAUUAGUGGUGCAUUAGCUGACUUAGGAGCUAGUAUUAAUUUGAUGCCCACUAGCUUGUUUGAUAAACUUGGUUUGAGUGAGCCUAAACCCACUAGGAUGAGCAUUCAGUUUGCCGAUAGGACUAUUAAGAUUCCUAGGGGUAUAGUUGAGGAUGUACUUGUUAAGGUAGACAAGUUUAUAUUUCCUGUAGAUUUCAUUGUAAUGGAUAUGGAGGGUGAGAGUGUUGUACCACUGAUCUUAGGUAGACCUUUCCUUGCUACAUCUAGGGCUAUUAUAGAUGUUUGUAAAGGGAAGCUCCAACUUAGGGUAGAUGACGAGACUAUCACCUUUGACUUAGCGACUUCCAUGAGACAUUCUCUAGACUAUGAUGAUACUGGAGAUGAGAGGGAGUUGUCCAACGAGCAACUGUUGGAACAGCUCGCUUAUUUGCUGGCUAGUGAGCCCAGUCGUUCUACUGACCCGUUUGUUUCUCUUGACAAGUCAGACGUGCAAAAGGUGAAACCUUCAAUUGAGGACCCUCUAGUCCUAGAGUUGAAGGAGCUACCCAAGCACCUGAGUUAUGCCUACUUGGACAAGGCAAAGAGGCUGCCAGUCAUUAUUACAGCAGACUUGACUCCUGAAGAGAGGGAGAUGACGCUAUUGUCUCUCAAGAAGUACCUUAUGGCCAUCGCGUACAAGAUUAUGGACAUCCCUGGAAUCAACCCCAGUUUUUGCUCGCAUAAGAUCCUAAUGGAGGAUAGUUUUAGGCCAGUGGUGCAGCCACAAAGACGACUUAACCCGAACAUGAAGAAGGUGGUGAAAAAUGAGAGAUGUAUGAUGGCAAUCUUCCAUGAUAUGAUUGAGAAGUCUAUGGAGGUUUUCAUGGAUGACUUCUUUGUGCUCGAGGGUAUUGUGUUGGGGCACAAGAUUUCACAUGCGGGAAUGGAGGUAGAUAGAGCUAAGGUAGAGACCAUAUCGAAAUAG